AUGAUUGAGAAUGAGAGGCUAACAAUGGAACUCACAGGAGAUUCUAUGGAGGUAAAGCCAAUAAUGACUAGGAAACUAAGGAGGAGACCUAAUGACCCUGCUCCAAUUACAGACAAAAGACGAAAACCCCUACCUGUGCAGUUAAAUUACUUGUUAACAGAUGAACAGAUAAUGGAAGAUCUGCAAACUCUCAAUAAGCUUAAAUUUCUGAAAAGACCAGCAUCUCCAUCUUCUCCUGAACAUCUUCCCAGCACUCCUGCUGAAUCACCAGCACAAAGAUUUGAAGCACGAAUAGAAGAUGGAAAGUUAUAUUACGAUAAGAGAUGGUAUCAUAAAGGUCAGGCUGUCUAUUUGGAAUCUAAGGAGAAUAUGAAGAUUGGCUGUGUAAUUAGCUCAGCUGGAACAAAUGAGAUAUGGGUAAGGAAGACAAGUGGUAGCACAAAGAUGCAUAUAUAUCUAGGACAGAUGCACAGAGUCUUCAUUUUACGGAGGUGA